CUUCAAUUCCCAUCGCCGUGUCUUUGUACCGGGUUGACUCAGACCUCCCCCACAACGCCGCUUCAUCCAGCUCGAAAGCUCACAAGUCCACUUGUGAGGUUUACUGGAUCAUGGCAGGCCCACGCGGCGUCAUCCCGUCCCUCGAGACGGUCAGGAGCAUCCUCGAAGCGGCUGUGGCGCCUGAGAAGAAGAAGAAGAAGCCCAAUCUCGUCCCCGUCUAUCGACAAAUCUCGUCCGACCUCAUUACUCCCUCUGCGGCCUAUCUCAAGGUCUCUUCCCAUCAUGGCGACUCGGAAUACUCCUUUCUCUUCGAGAGCGCCGCCACCGAACAAGUAGGCCGGUACAGCUUCGUCGGCGCCGGCCCCCGGAAAGUCCUCGUCACGGGUCCUGGUUUCGGCCCGGAGUGUGACCCCUUGCCGGCCCUCGAGGCCGAACUCUCCCAGUACACCGUCGCCCAUGUGCCAGGUCUGCAGCUGCCGCCAAUGGCCGGCGGUGCCGUCGGCUAUGCUUCGUACGACCUAGUCCGCUACUUUGAGCCCAAGACGGCACGGCCCAUGAAGGACGUCCUGGGAAUUCCGGAGAGCUUGUUCCUUCUCUUCGACACGAUCGUCGCCUUCGACAGGUACAUGGGCAUCAUCAAGGUCAUCACCUACCUCCACGUGCCCGAUAACCUGAACGACCUCGAGGCGGUCUACCAACGCGCCAAGGAAACAGUCGACAAGCUCGUCGAUGUGCUCAAUGCCCCCGACAUCCCCCUACCCGAACAGGGUCCCAUCACGCUGGGCCACGAGUACUCGUCGAACAUCGGCCAAGGGGGCUACGAAGCGCACGUGACGACGCUCAAGCGCCACAUCGUCAAGGGCGACAUCAUCCAAGCGGUGCCGUCGCAUCGCCUGGCGCGGCCGACCUCGCUCCACCCUUUCAACAUCUACCGGCACCUGCGGACGCUCAACCCGUCCCCGUACCUGUUCUACAUCAACUGCAAGGACUUCCAGAUCGUGGGCGCGUCGCCGGAGCUGCUCGUCAAGUCGGAGGAACGGCGCGUCAUCACGCACCCGAUCGCGGGCACGGUGAAGCGCGGCCGCACGCCGGACGAGGACGCGGCGCUGGCGGACGAGCUGCGGAGCAGCCUCAAGGACCGGGCCGAGCACGUCAUGCUGGUCGACUUGGCGCGCAACGACGUCAACCGCGUGGGCGACCCGCGCACCGUCAAGGUGGACCGGCUCAUGGUGGUGGAGAAGUUCAGCCACGUGCAGCACCUGGUGAGCCAGGUGUCUGGCGUCCUGCGGCCCGGCCAGACGCGGUUCGACGCCUUCCGCAGCAUCUUCCCUGCGGGGACGGUCAGCGGGGCGCCCAAGGUCAGGGCCAUGGAGCUCAUCGCCGAGCUGGAAGGGGAGAAGCGGGGUGUCUACGCCGGUGCGGUGGGGUAUUUCGGGUAUGGGGGGUUGAAUGAGAAGGGCGAGGAGGUGGAGGGUGCGAUGGAUACGUGUAUCGCUCUUCGGACCAUGACGGUAAAGGACGGCGUGGCAUACCUGCAGGCUGGAGGCGGUAUCGUCUUUGACUCUGAUGAGACGGACGAGUGGGAGGAGACGAUGAACAAGUUGGGUGCCAAUAUCAAAUGUAUUCUCUCGGCGGAGGAACUAUAUUAUGAGCAGCAACAACAACAGAAGCAGCAGCAGAAAGGGUCUAGCAGCACCUAGAUAUUGGACCCUUUUGAAGACCAACUUUCUUCACGUCUUCGUGUGCAGGACUCGUGACGACCAGUAUCAGUACAAUGAUGGGUGGAGAGUGAUCUCUUUCUCAAGGUGCGAUGCUCGUGUCCCCUUUUCCCUCUAUACUGCCCUUGAUGUCUUUAUCGUACAGCCUGCUGUUGUUCAUCCACACUACGCAUAAAAAGACUCGAGGAAAUCAUGCCAGAACUGUGACAAUAGACGCUAUUUGAGAGCAGGAGAAUCGAUACACCUGUUUCCCCUUUGAGGUUGAUUCAGCCCACUCAUACUACCGAAAUCCGGAC